UGCCGGGGCGGCCCGGCCCGGAGGGGAGGGGCAGCGACCGCCCCUCGCUCGGGCUUACGGGAAGUGAUGUCGCCUUGACGGAAAACACACGCUCGCUGCCUAAAACAGGGCAGGGGCCAGAGGGACUCGGCGCUGGCCGGAGCAGCGCGGGGAGCUGCCGCUAGAUGAGGAAGCAGAGAGACAGACAGAAGUGAUUCAGGAAGGAGCUGAGAAUAGGACCUACCUGUCCUGCCUUCAGGUGAAGUCAGUAGGAAUGCAGAAUGGAGCCUAGGAGUCUCUACAGUGCUGAUGAAGAUUGAUCAAGAAGAGCUGGCAAGGAGAGCUAAUAUUUGGCUAUUUUGUGGGGUAAAAGCUAAGAUGAAAACCAACUUUCUUUGCAUGGAUGUGGUGUUCAAGAGAUCCAAACUGCAUCAGCACUGGGAAACUUGUAAUUAAAGUAGAUCUGGAAAACUACAGAUCUAGUUCCUGUUAAUCCCAGAAACAGGAAUUGAGUCUUCAGAAGUAGUGAAGCCACAUUCAUAUCUCUUGGAAAGUGGUUGUGAAAUGUGGGAUUCCGUCUUCAUUGUGCCUAGAGGUGGUCUACAAAGAUCUCACUAUGUCUGAUGGAGACUACGAUUACCUCAUCAAAUUCCUAGCACUUGGUGACUCGGGAGUAGGAAAGACCAGCAUCCUUUACCAGUACACAGAUGGCAAAUUUAAUUCCAGAUUUAUCACAACAGUGGGUAUUGACUUUCGGGAAAAGAGAGUGGUGUAUAGAUCCAAUGGGCCAGAUGGCAUUAGCGGCAGAGGACAGAGGAUACAUCUGCAACUGUGGGAUACUGCAGGACAGGAAAGGUUUCGUAGCUUGACAACAGCUUUCUUCAGAGAUGCUAUGGGCUUUCUUCUCCUCUUUGAUCUGACAAAUGAGCAAAGCUUUCUCAAUGUCAGAAACUGGAUAAGCCAGCUACAAAUGCAUGCGUAUUGUGAAAGCCCUGAUAUUGUAUUAUGUGGAAACAAAAGUGAUAUGGAAGACCAGAGAAUGGUGAAAGAAGAGGAGGCAAAGGAACUUGCAGAAAAAUAUGGGAUACCAUAUUUUGAAACAAGUGCAGCUAAUGGAACUAAUGUGAGCAAGGCAGUUGAAACUCUGCUUGACCUUAUCAUGAAGCGCAUGGAACGGUGCGUGGACAAGUCAUGGAUACCCGAGGGGGUAGUACGGUCCAAUGGACACAGCUCUACUGAGCAGCUACAUGAGGAGAAAGAUAAAGGCAAAUGUGGUUGUUGAGAAACAAACUUUAUUGCAACAAUUAAAUUAACAUAUUUAUGUUAAAGUAUAGUACAGUUGCAGCUUAAUGGAUUCAUUUAUGGACAGCUCUUACCAUAUGGAUAUAUAGUAACAAAGCUGUAUUAAUUAUUGGUAUUUGCUUUCUAACAACAUUAACCAUUGCUUGGCAAAUGUUUAAUUUAUUAGCAGUUAGCCAGACAUAUGUUUGUUUAGGUUUGGUGCAACAUUGGACACUCUCAACUUUCAGUAUCUUUGACUGGUUUACCAUUGUUACAGACUAUGGAGGUCUUUAAGUCCAAUUUGAACAGAAAUGUUCCAUCAUUACAGCAGUAAUGAUAAACAGCAAACUGUAUGUGCUUUGCAAAAGCAGGCAAAUAAUUUUUCCGUGUUUUUUCAUGAAUUAUUCGUUUCUAAUGAUGGAAAUUAUCCGUUUCUAAUGGAAUAAAAAGCUGUCUGGAGAAAUGCCAAGAUGACACUUGUACAGCACUAGUGCUAUGCCAUGCAGUUUUGAACUUGAUCUCCUAAACUCCAACUGUACUAUAGGAAAGAUUCAGUACAUUAGAAUAGAUCACCUAACAUGAAUUUCAAGAACGUGCUGAGGCAUAUACAUACCAAGGGCAGGUCUACACUUAAAAUGAUCUAUUGGUGCAGCUGCGCCACUGCCCUCUGAGACAGUAGUUAUGUCGACAGGAGAAGCUCUCUGAUCGGCAUAGCACUGUCUAUACGAGGGGUUAGGUCGGGAUAACUGACUCAUUCAGGUGUGGAUUUUUCAUACUCCUGAGCAAUGUAGUUAUACCGAUAUAGGUCUGCAGUGUAGAUCAGAUGGUAGAUGAGGUGUGUUUAUGAAUGGAUACGUUUUAUAUACAAACUCUUUUAUGUUUUAACAGGAAUUUAGGGCAAGCUAAGUGCCAGCAAAAUUUCACCAGAGCUAGUGCUUUGCACUGAAUGUGUUUGUACCAAGCGUACACUUGGAACAUUUCUUCUUCAAAUUUGGACUGAAAAUUUUAAUAUUGGUCUUAUUCUGGUGAGCUAUAACUGCCUAAGAUAUCAAUGCUGUUUAAAUUAGUAUAUCUGUAAAUUUAUAAAGCUGGUUUUCUUCUGUUUACCUCUGGGUCCUGUACAUCUUGUACACGUUUUGUAUGUGUUUUGUUCAUUCCCUUUAAAGUCUCACCUAAAGUAUGUUUUGAUUCUGUAAAGGAAUACUCUUUCUGGUGGAUGAUCAUUUGUAUUUAUCCUCAGAUAUGAUACAAGGAAUAAUCAGUAUUUUUUUACAUUUCUUUUCAACCUGAUUAUGUGAUAUGCCUAAUAAACUGUUUUCUACUGUAGCAGGUUCAUAUAACUCUAAAAUAUUGCCAAGUAAAGUCUCAACAUGCCAAAUUCAGAGUCUUUUUAUAGACUUCUCAUAGCAAUUUGUUUACAGAACUCCAAAGCUACUGCUGCUUUUAGAAAUUAAAUAUUUAUUUAUUUAAAAGUGCUAGUUAUUUUGGCUACCACAUGCUCGGGCAAACUUCUACAGUCAGAUGGCAGCAUGAGAUGUCAUGUAAUAUAUUUUUAAUUAAAAAAAAUUGAAUGUUAAAAGGACCAAAAAUGUGUGCUAGAAAGGUAUCUGAGAAGAAAGUGAUAUCUUCACUGAAUUGAAUAGAAACUUUGAUGUAAAUUUUCAGUUGCUUUUUAGAAAUAUAGAAAGUGUUAAAACUCAUUGCUAGCUGUCAAAAAAACAUUCCAUAAAGCAAUGUGUUUGUUCUUUAACAAACAAAAUGUAAAUAUUAGACUUUUAUCACAACCUACCCAGGAGAUAUAACCAUGUGCAAUAUAACUUGAAUGCUAAGGCACUAUGACAGAAGUUAAAGCAUUUUAUAUUGUAUGAAUUACUGUAUU